CCAUACUCUUUCUCAAUUUACCUCCCACGAUUUUACUCAUUUUCAUCAAAUUGACAGUGUUAAAAUACAAGUCCACCAAGUGGCAUUUGCGCGGGUGUCAAAUAAUACAUUACAUUAAAUUUUUUUUUAAAAUACAUCAUUUUCUAUAUUUUAUUUAUUUUUUGUAUAUUUACAGGUCAUUGUACCUGUUAGUGAUGAUUAAAAUAAUUGGAUACUAUUAUUACUGGUUUUUAAACAUGAUUGAGACACGAACAAAGUGAAUUUGUUUUAUUUUUUUUUAUUAUAAAAUAAUAAUUUUUAAUCAUUAAUUUUUUUUUUUUAAACUAAAAGUGAAUUUAGUUAUUUAUUUUUUUAACUGGCUCAGCAACGGAUGCUUAUGGAGGUGUCCCCGAACCGGCGCUGUCUGAACCAGCUCAACAGCUGAUCGCAGUACAAAGCGGCGGUGAACGGGGCCACUGUUUGCACCACCCACCCCGCGCAAAAAAAAAUUUAAAUUAAUUUAUAAAAAUUCAUAAAUUAUAUAAAUUUAAAUUGUUAAAUUGUGUGCGCAGUAGAAAAAUAAAUGAUAAAUAAAAAAAAUAUAAAUAAAAGAGAUAAGAAGAAAAAUAAUAAAUAUUUAAAAAAAUAACUGUUAGCUCAACGCAAACAUGGUCAAAACUUUUCAAGCUUAUCUUCCCUCUUGUCAUCGCACUUAUUCGUGCAUACACUGCCGUGCUCAUCUAGCUAAUCACGACGAGCUCAUUUCAAAGUCCUUUCAAGGCAGCCAGGGUCGUGCUUACCUCUUCAAUUCCGUAGUCAAUGUUGGCUGUGGUCCUGCUGAGGAAAGAGUGCUUCUAACUGGUCUUCAUGCUGUUGCUGAUAUUUUUUGUGAAUGUUGUAAAACAACACUUGGCUGGAAAUAUGAACAUGCAUUUGAAUCGAGUCAAAAAUACAAAGAGGGUAAAUUUAUCAUUGAGCUUGCCCACAUGAUUAAAGAAAAUGGAUGGGAAUGAAUUGUAAUUAUAAAUCUUCAAUGAGAUUUUAAUAUACAACAAAUAUCAUUAUAGAAAAUUAAAUAUAUUUCGAAACUACAAAUUAAUUAAUAGUUUUUUAACAAAGAAAAAUAACUAAAUUUCAUAUUUUUAAAUCUCAUUGAAUGAUUAAAUUGUUUUAUCUUCUUUUUUUUUUUCUUUUUUAAAAAGAAAUAUUUUAUUUGCGAUAUGAAACACAAGUUUAAUUUAAUUGUCACAAUUUUUAAUUAAUAGACAAUCUUUUUCUAUUAUCUUCAUCAUCAUCAUAAGCAAAAAAAAAUAAUGAUUAAAACAAAAAAAAAAAAAAAAAGAAAAAUAGAAACAAAAAAAAUAAAAAAAAACCACCAACGAAAGUCUGUGAUUUCAUUUGUGAUUUGUAAUAUUAGUAAUGUUUUUCCGUUCUGGACGAUAUUCAACAACUGCAAAAAAUUUCUUUAUCAAAAUUUUCUCUGAAUUAAUGGAAACUGUGAGAAAAGAAAAAAAAAAACUCAAAUAAUUUUAUGUUGAAUAUGAGUGUAGCACCAAAAAAACUUGUGGAGCAUAAAAAAAAUGAUUAAAUAAAUACUUUUGAAUGCGAAAAGAACUGGAAGGACUGAAUAAAGUUUAAAAAAAAAAUAUAAAAAAAUAUGCAGAGAAAUAAAAUGUUUAAAAAAAUGAUAAAAGUAUUUGUACAUGAAUGAAGAGAUGAUAUUUUUGAAACGAAUAAAACAAAAAAUAAAUAAAAAUAAGAUAAAUGGAUUUCGAUGAUGAAUCUAAAGAAAUAAAAAAGCAUAAAUUAAUAAUAAAAAAUGAUGAAACAUUUUUUUUAUGUUGGAUAAUACGUUGAGUAGGAUUACAAUGGUGCAAAAUGUGAAUGAGAAACAUUUUUUUUUUUUCCAAUGGCUCGUAAAUAUCAAUAGAAAAAUAUACAAAUUUCUAAAUGCAAAUUUAUUUAAUUUAAAAAAAUAGUAAUCAUCAAGUUGAAGGAUUAAAAAAUGACAUAAAACAAGCCAGUUAAUUAGAAUAUUUAAAAUUAUUUCUAAAAAAUAUAACAAGCAUAUUAUUAGUAUUAAUAUAUUUUGUGUUUAUAAUUUUUAAAAAAUGCAGCAAGAGCCACAAAACUGCUGCCGAUUGUCGGUAUUCACUGCCGAUAUUUCUAAAUAUAAUAUUAAUAAUAAUUAAUAAAAAAAAAAAUUAAUUGAUAGUGUUGAAAAAAUAAUUAAUAAGAGAAACAAACAUAACUAAAAAAAAUAAAUAUUAUUAUAUUGAGUAAAGCAAUUUUAUUUGCAACAAAUUAUUGUUUAAAGUCGAUAAAUUUUUAGCCCCAGCGUAGCCUACAUUAGCGGAUGAUAAUUAAAUGCCUAUAUGAUAAUUUUUAAUAAUAAUUAAAAUCAUUUAUUGAUUAGUUUUUAAGAAUAUUAUAAUGAUUUUAAAAAUCAUGGAAAAUUUCCUACAGUGUGUCUGAAUUAUUUUAUAAAUUAAUUAAUUUUUUUUUAAUUUUAUUAGUUAAUUAUUAAUUGUCCAUUAUUAAUAUCAUUUUGUUUUUUUUUAUUUUUGUUUAGCCAUACCUGCCGAAUUUUAAAAAUUCAAUUAAUUUUUGUUUAAACUUUGAAAAUAAAAUUAUAGGAAUUUCAUUUUGUUUUUUUUGCUAUUUUUGUAAAUUAAUUAUUGUUGAUUAAAUUUGAAAAUGUUAGAUACUUGAUAACAAUCUUUAAAAUGAUAUCGUUUGUAUAAUUUUAUUUGUUAGUUAAAGCUUGAAAUAUUGUUGAUAUAAAAACAAAAAAAAAGAGGGAUUUUUCUUGAUUUCUUUGCCGAAAAAAAUAAUCGAUUUUAUUUUUAAAUUAUAAACAAUUAUUUAUAUAAAUUGUUGACGAUAUAGGCAGGAUGUGGUAUGACUGAUAAUUACAAUAUUGUCUUGUAAAUUGUAAUUAAAUCUAAUCAUUUUAUUUU